CUCCGCCUCCCCCUCGCCGCUAUAUAGCGCAGGGCCGGGCAGCGGGGCGGUGUCCGAGUUCGAGUCCCGCGGCAGCCGGAUUGCUCCGCUCCCCGCUGUGGCGCCCCCCGCCCCACCGGGGGCCCGCCCGGCCGCGGAGAUGGGUGACAUGGAGUCCUACAAGGUGAUGCUGAACGGGCCAGCGCCCUGGGGCUUCAGGCUGCAGGGAGGAAAAGAUUUCAGCAUGCCGCUCUCCAUCUCCAGGCUGACACCGGGCGGGAAGGCGGCGCAGGCUGGUGUGGGAGUGGGCGACUGGGUGCUGUACAUCGACGGGGAGAGCACCAGCUCCAUGACACACAUCGAGGCCCAGAACAGGAUCCGCGCCUGUGGGGACAGGCUCAGCCUCACACUGAGCAGAGCUCAGAACCACAUGGGGAAGCCACAGAAGGUGCUGAGCCUUGACAAGCAGCCCCUGGAGCCCCCCAGCACCCCUGUAUAUGACCCCAUGAAGUUGCAGCUGAUAGAGGAUGCUGAGAGCUGGCAGCCCCGCUCUGGGACCUCCCAGUCCCGCUCCUUCCUCAAACUGGCCCGGCUCACGGGCACUGAUGGAUUGGAGGACCAUGAGGAUGUGCUUGUUAAAGAGCCCAGGCAGCCCCCGCAGCUGCUGGAGCCCCCCAGCAUCCCUGUGUGUGACCCUGGGAAGCUGCGGCUUGUAGAGGAUUCUGAGAGCUGGCAGCCCCGCACUGGGACCUCCCAGUCCCGCUCCUUCCGCAAACUGGCCCAGCUGACAGGCACUGACAGCAUGGAGGAUCGUGAGGAUGAGCUUGUUAAAGAGCGCAGGGAUGCCCAUGGGUCUGGCUGGGGCACAGGGCACCAGCGGCAGCCCCCGCAGCUGCUGGAGCCCCCCAAGAGCCCCGUGUGUGACCCUGGGAAGGUACGGCAGGUAGAGAACACUGAGAGCUGGCAGCCCCGCACCGGGACCUCCCAGUCCCGCUCCUUCCGCAGACUGGCCCAGCUGACGGGUGCUGACAGCAUGGAGGAUCAUGAGGAUGAGCUUGUUAAAGAGCCCAGGGAAACCCAUGGGGCUGGCUGGGGCACGGGGGAGAUGUGGUGGCAGCCCCCAGAGCCGCUGGACCCCCCCAGGAGCCCCGUGUGUGACCCUGGGAAGCUGCGGCUGAUGGAGGAUGCUGAGGACUGGCAGCCCCGCACCGGGACCUCCCAGUCCCGCUCCUUCCGCAAACUGGCCCGGCUCACGGGCACUGAUGGAUUGGAGGAUCAUGAGGAUGUGUUUGUUAAAAAACCCAGCCAGGUCUCCGUGCCGGACCCAUCCCCAGGAGCAGGGAUGAAGACUGAGCCAGGACUGGCCCCCAGGACCCCUGCCGCCACCCCUGGCCCUGCCAGCCGCCCUCCCUGGGCUGUGGACCCCUCGUUUGCGGAGCGCUACGCCCCGGACAAGACCAGCACCGUGGUGAGCAAGCACAGCCAGCCGGCCACACCGACCCCCAUGCAGAACCGCAGCUCCAUCGUGCAGGCAGCGCAGCAGAGCCCCGAGGGGCCUGGCCGCACACCGCUCUGCUACAAGUGCAACAAGGUCAUCAGGGGACGCUACCUGGUGGCGCUGGGACAUUAUUACCAUCCCGAGGAGUUCACCUGCUGCCAGUGCAGGAAGGUGCUGGAUGAGGGCGGCUUCUUUGAGGAGAAAGGCUCCAUCUUCUGCCCCAAGUGCUAUGACACGCGCUACGCGCCCAGCUGCGCCAAGUGCAAGAAGAAGAUCACAGGGGAGGUCAUGCAUGCACUGAAGAUGACCUGGCAUGUGCAGUGCUUCACAUGCGCUGCCUGCAAAACUCCCAUCCGCAACCGUGCCUUCUACAUGGAGGAGGGACAGCCCUACUGCGAGAGAGACUAUGAGAAGAUGUUUGGCACAAAGUGCCGCGGCUGCGACUUCAAGAUCGAUGCUGGGGACCGGUUCCUGGAGGCGCUGGGGUUCAGCUGGCAUGACACUUGCUUCGUCUGUGCGAUCUGCCAGACCAACCUAGAAGGGAAGACAUUCUACUCCAAGAAGGACAAGCCGCUCUGCAAGAGCCACGCUUUCUCCCAUGUGUGAGGGGCAGGAGUUCAGCUGUGCCCACGCGUGCCCCUGGCCCUGCAUGCUCCUCUCCACCCCACCCCUGCUGCCCCCAGGGAGCCAGGCUGGGCCCUUGCCCUUUCCCCUUGCUCCUCUUUCCUGGCAGCUCUUGGCCUGGCUCCAGCCCAAGGCAGUGCUGGGUCCAGAGCCCCUUAUACCUGUGUCUCCUGACUGGCCCUAGGAGCCCUGGGACAGGGAUGCUGCAUGGAUCUCCUGCCCCCCAGCCAUGCAGUGUGGUGGUUGUGUUGUGCUGAGGCUGGAGCUGGGGGAGGGUCUGGCACAGCAGAGCUGUUCCCUUGCUCGGCUGGGGCCCUGCUGCCUAGCGGCUCAGCGCUCGGGCAGGGAUGCUCUGAGCACAUCCCUGACUGGGUGAGGACCAGCCCCCUGCCACACUCUCUCCCAUCUUCCCUGCUGUGUGCUCAGUGCGUGGGGCUGGAGCCCUGGCCCCACUCCCCUAUGGGCUCCUGCCUGCAGCAACCUCCUGACCACCCCACAAACUGCUGCAGUGGCUUCCUGCCUACCCCAGCUCUGUGCCAGGGGUCUCUGCCUAUGUCCCCCCUAACCUAAGCCCACCAUUCCCCUGCGGCUGGCAUGUGGCAGCACCCCCCCAGGGGCUGUGCUGGGAUGCAGGGCAUGGCUUCCUACCAAAGAGCGCUCUGCCACUGCCGGCCUGGGCCUGUGAAUGCCUCUCCCAACCCCACGCUCUCCGGUCGGGUUGCUGCUGAUGUAGCCACGGUGCUUUUAGUGCCUUUAAUAAACACUUCUCUGCAAGUGC